GGCAGUUAGUCGCGGGACGUUCAUCGUGAAACGCGUGUUCCCGUGUCCCGUGAUCUCCCGACGCUACCUAGACGCUAGAGCCCAGCGCCACCGGAGAUUAGGGUCCACGACCGUCCUUAUCAUCCGCAGCCUCCGCGAUAACAUCCGAGUGAACUUGACCUCGUGUCCAACUGGCUAGAUUCAGUGGUGUGCUCACCGAUCCGCCGGGAGUGGACUGAAAAGUUACCGCAGAGUGCAACAGGUCCUGGUAGCUAACCGCUAGCCAGCUCUUCUUAGCGGCUAGCUCUUUCGUCUCUCGUGAAACAGCUCGAUCAUCAGAGAAUCGUUCGAUCGAUACGUACGAUAACUUAGCCAAGUGUCUCUGAGAAGGUUCCGCGGCGUUUGGAGUACGGUAACUUCGUGGCGAUCGAAGAAAGUUGCGAAGCGAGGACGAAUGAAGUCGAAGCUGUCCAGAGUUAGGGUAUCCGCGGAUUGACGAUCGGUCGAGAUCGUGGUCCAAGGACACACGUGGCCAGUCGGCCGAAAAAACAGCGUGGAAAGGAAGAGACCCCGAUGCCGCGUCCUUGAAGAUAUUUUCGAGCGGAAUAUACCUGGCCGGGCCCGAUCGAGAGAAGAAAGCUGGAGCGAGCUGCAUCCGGUUCAGACGCGCGUGCCCGCCCUCGCUCGCAAUCAUCUCUGCGGGACGGUUUCGUAAUUCGUUUCGGCCGGAUUUCUCCGCUGGCCGUGGUGAACCGGGUCGGGAACGGGUCGUGGGGGAUCGGCGAAUGAGUCCUCGCCACCCGGUGUCGGAAUGACACGGCUCCUCGCGAGGAAUGCCGGCGCGCGCUGACCAAUUCCGCCGCGUUUUUCGCCGUGACACCCGCCGGCACUCGUGCAACAGCCGCGGAAUGAGAGGUGUCGUCGACAAGCGUGAUCUUCCUUCGGACGGACUGGAUGGAGCUGUCCCGAGAGCUACCUGACUACCGAACCUACACGACUCGCCUGUUUUUCGCGUUCCUCACGCAACGGCUUGGCACUUGAGCGCGAGUCGAGCCCGGCUAGAAAGAGGGAACGAGACGCGAACCAGAGGGAGGGACGGGGUGCGUUGAAUCGAUCCGCGGCUAAAACUCGACCGACAGUCGCCAGAAGAUGUUGCAGAGAUGCAGUGGCGGCGGGUCCAGAUGCGCCAGGCGCGCCCUGGUCUUCGUCUUCGCCUGGGGGCUGGUAAUGAUCGCGGCAGUCCAGUUCCGGCACGUGGAGAACAGCCUGCGGGAGUCGCCGACCGGCGAGGACACGUCGGCGGACGUCCUGGUCGACGACGUGUACCGGCGUCGAGAGGUGCUAGUCAAUAACCGUGGCUCCUCGAGCCUCGGCCUCUCGCGGUACCUGCUGCAGAGGUCUCCGGCGGACUCGAGUUUCUCGAAUUCAGCUGGCUCGGGUGUCCUCACCACGCUGACUACUCUGUCCAACGGGCCAACGAAGAAUCCACUGGACCUGGAGCCUCUGCUGGACAAGAGACCGGCUAAAACCGAGGAAGAGCUAAUCCAGGAGAUCGAACAGAGGCUGCCGAGCCUGCCUCUAGCCUACUGGAGCAAGAACAGCAGGUAUGCCGGCUCCCAAACGCAGAGCAAGUCCAAGGGAAAUGAGAGCUGCUCGAACCUCAAGUAUCCGUCCAUCUACGACAUCGAGUUCAACAAUGUCUACUGGCAGACGAUGAGGACCAGCAACGGAACGUUCCAGUUCUUCGGCGCCUUCUACGACCGCCGCAAGCUCUCCAAGAUCGGGCCCGCGAUCAGGAUAGUGGGGAUGAUAGAUAGAAUAGAGCCCACGGUGAAGACGCACUGCCAAUUAUGGUACGACGGCGAGAGGGAGCCGAAGGUGGUCGAAACGUUGGAGUACAAGUACAUUUGGUACCCUAAAUGGGGCAAUUACAAGCAGGGGAUCUAUCAGCCCUACGUGAUCGCCUGCAAGGUGCCGCAGUCCCAUUGGCUGAAAGGCCCGCCAGCCUCGGUGUCCAUGGUGGAGAAGCCCUGCGACACUCCCAGCAAUAAUUUACGGGUGAUUUAUAACAAGCCGGAGAGGAAGAAGGACUUCGCGGUGUGCGUGAAGGGACUGGACUUUCUGCACGAGGACCUGUCCGUCAGGCUGGUCGAGUGGAUCGAGCUGAUCACGCUGCUCGGCGCGGACAAGAUCUUCUUCUAUCAGCUCCAGGUGCACCCGAACGUGACCAAGGUGCUCGAUCACUAUCAGAGGCUGGGCAAGGUGCACGUGACCCCUUUGACGCUGCCCGGCGGCCAGCCCAACGUGCCCGCGUUCCAGCACAUGUACCUCACCAAGAAGACCAACCACAAGCGACAGAACGAGCUGAUACCCUACAACGAUUGCCUCUACAAGCAUAUGUACGAGUACGAGUACAUCGCGUUGCUGGACGUCGACGAGGUGAUCAUGCCGGUCAAGGACGCCACCUGGCAGGACCUGAUGAAGAGGGUACUAACCAAGGCGUUCAAGAUCAAGAACGAAACGCGCGCCUCCUACAACGUGCGCAACGUAUACUUCCUCGACGACCUGCUUCACUCUCAUGGAUUCUUCAAGGAUAUACCGAAGUACAUGCACAUGCUGCAGCACGUGUACCGUUCGAAGAACUUCACCAAGCCGAACCAAUACAUCAAGUGCUUCCACAACCCGGAAAGAGUGGUGACCCUGCACAACCAUUUCCCGUUGGCCUGUUUGGGCGGCGGAUGCACCAGCUACCCGAUCGAGACGGAAGACGCGCAGCUGCAGCACUACCGGGCAGACUGCGUGAAGUCCCUGAAGAAGACCUGCGUCGAGUACAGAGAGAACAGCGUGUUGGAUACGACGAUAUGGCGGUACAGGGACCAGCUGAUCGACAGGGUCACCAGGACACUCGAGAGCCUGGGAUUCUUCAGGCCCAGCUAGCGCGAAGUGACGCGCAGUUUCGAGCUACCCGCCACUUUUCCUUUCCCAGCUGCCCCGCAGCUUCCUCAGCUGUUGGAAUAGAGACUUUCGCUAGAUUUCGGCCGCUUUUCGUCUUGCUUUCCGUUGGACUCUCUGGAAACAGCGAAGAGAAGCUCGACGAAGCUCGACGGCUGUGCGAUCGAAUGGAGUUUGCGACAGUAGAGAUAAACCUCGCCGGAUUAGUUUUCCAGUUUGCCACGAGUUUCGAUCGAAUUCUGAUCGAAAUUGGAUCCUCCGCGUUGCUUCGAAGAUACGAUCGAAUUACUCUCGAAAUUGCAUUGAAAUUUCCUAGACUACCGUGUCUAAUGCCAACCGGGGUAGCUCCUGAGAAAGUCGUGGCGAAGCUCGAAAUACUAGAAUCGCUUCCAGCAACGUUCACAGAGACUCUGAUGGAUCGAUUAGUUCCUGCGAAUGUCAGCCUUGUCAGAUCAUAAUUCUACCGUGGCGAUUGUCUUUUUUGUAUAAAAUCGAGCGUCGCGAUGGUAGGGCCGAAAACGUCGCUGGGAAACGUCGUCCCUCGCCCGAGCAGGAUCAGUGACCGGUUUGUGAAGUGUUCCGUGAAAAGUGCGGGCGGUCCUCCGGCUAAAAAGUAUCGGGUGUCCGCGACGAUUCCAAGGACUUGCGCAACGCCAUUUGCGGUCGAGAUUUUGCGAAACGAGGCUCGAUUUGCCAGUCGCGAUCACGGCUAAAUCGGCAGGGGUUCGCGAGGAUCGACCUUGCUUGUAUUUAGCAUUCAGUCGUCGGACUUGCGUAAACUUAUCGUGCGACGCUCGAGCGAUUCGUGCCGGGUUCCGCGUGGUUGCUUGCGUCGCGAGCGGCACGAAAUUAUCGAGCCUCGUUCGGUCCGGUUGAUCAGGAAAUUCGUGCCGCUCCAGCCGCGCGGAGACGUGCCGGGAAUGGCAAGAAUUUUCCGAGCAUUUCGAUCGUACCUUAAGUCUGGCCAUUCUUUCGUCCUAGAGCGAUCGGUGACGGGCGUGAAUCGAUCGGUUCGGUUCGCGUCGCCGACCGACGCUCGUCGUUACACUACGUAGACCACGAGUACGCAUUUAUGAUACUGACGCGUGACGAUACUGUUUAAUUGAGAUCUAUCCUUUAGCGCUACUUAGACUUACCCUUUGCGAAGACUAGAAACUCGCAUUUCGACUACUUCCCUUGUCUCUUAUCUCUUGACGGGUAACGGGGAGGAACGACGACUGGACGGAGUGGGAGAAGGGAGGGAAUGCCGCGCGAGACACGCUGCCUGUCGCGGAUUUUCGACCGUCCCCGAGAUUUCAUUGAAAAGACUGAAAACGAACGUUCCGCUUGCGCAGGAGUCGACGACGAAGUUUCUGAAACGUCGUGGACGGCACGUUGAAAGUAAUUAUCGGGAUUCCGUGUGCACAAGCCGGAGAGACAUCUGGCUAGACCGCGGUUAUGCAAUGUUUACAGCAAACACGGAUUGUGUAAACUGUAAAUCGGUCGAUUCAUAAGCUAGUUUUCUCUGAAUGUUUGCCGAGUACCUACAGUUUCGGUGAUUUAAAUAAAUUUCGCUAAUGAAAUUAUACCCACGGGGAUUAAAGGUUAAAAGACUCUAAUUGCUUCACGUAGAUUGUUAUCGAUAGAAGUCAAUGUGUACGUGCCUUUUGGACUAGCGCAGUCCUGAUAUACAGAAACUAAUAUUCUACCGAGAAAGGAAGCCUUAAAGUAGACAUAGAAAUCUUCGCGUGGUUAGACAAUAAUUAAUAUAGAAGUUAACAGAUUAUGCUUAUUCUAAUAUUGUACGUGCCUCGUAUCGGAAGGAAUUAACGUCGACGAUUAUAAGUAAUUAUAUAAACGUCUUAUAAGUGAAGACAAUAAUGCACAAGACUCUCGAGCAACGGCAGAUAAUUAUAAAUAAUUCUAAUUAUUACAUGACACGAGAAGUUACAAUUGUUCCUCGAGUUUUUCUAUGUACCAUCCGUCCGCGGGCACGAAAAUGGCGGUCCGUAGUCUGCGAUCGGCAGCGUGGCUUCGAGCUUCCUGUAAACCAGUCGCUGCACUCGUCCCAAAAUCCCACGACCACUCGCGCAUUGCGAAAGCUUCUUGUUCCAGGGAUGCACGAGUCGAGUCGAUUAAGUCCGGUCACGUACGCGGAGGACGACACGAAAUAAAUCGCGUCAACGCGUACGGGCCUCAAAAAGUUAUGCGAUCGAGCCUUUCAGGAAUUCCGUUCGGCAUACGCCAUCUUUUAAUUGAUACCCGACGCCACGGUACUUAAGUUCGACGGAGCAGAUUUGCCGAUUAAAUUUGCUAUUAUUUCAACCCUUUGCACUCGAGAAUAUUUUUCUCAACGAAUAUUCAUUAUUUUCUGAUGAAAUAUCAAUGAUGUGUUUUACAACUAACAUAAAGAAAUACCUUGAAUAAAUUAAGAGAUACAACUAUUUUAUUUCGG